UGACCUCCAUUUCCGGCACGAUGAGGGGGCGCGCGCAUGCACGUGCUACGUGAACGACCGCAUGCUCUUCGGAUGUUGACAACUAUUCUGCUAUAACGUUGUUUACAUUGUUUACUGUGGACACGUUAUCCGUCACGUAGUAUUCCGUCACGUCGCGAGACGUAAGGGAGUAGAGUAUGGAAGCAGUGUCAGAGCUGAGGAUUGUUAUUUUGGGGAAAAGUUUUCCACAGACCUCCACUGUGGGAAACCUCAUCCUGGGCAAAUCAGUGUUUGAGACUGAAGAUCCUCCCCAUUCAGUAGAGUUUCACUGUGAUAUUGUCGGAGGUCAUGUGGAGGGAAGAAACAUCAUCAUCAUCAACACACCUCAUCUGUACGACCCUAAACUCUCUAAUGAGGAGCUGAAUCGUAAAAUAAAAAAGUGUGUUUCACUUUCUAGACCUGGACCUCAUGCAUUUUUACUUGUGGUACAGCCUCAUGACUUUACACAGAAAGACAGAAACCUACUGAGAUACAUCCUGAACUCCUUCGGCGAUCAAGCCAUAAACUACUCCAUUGUGAUAAACACAGACAGUGGGUUUAAUACAUCAGAAGAUGAAUCAAGAUUCACUGCCAUUCAGGAGUUAACAGAGGAAUGUCAUGGGAGGCAUCACAGUUUUUCACAGUUACACGAAUCGAGCAGGAGCUCAGUUUGUCAGCUGUUUGAGAAGAUUGACCAAAUGGUGAAGGAUAAUGGGGGAGAACAUCUCGCAUGUGAGAGUUUUGAAGAUGAAGAGCAGUCGUUUAAACCUGAUGACUUGACCGCUCACCAGAAACAAGAUAAGCGAGCAGUACAAGGACAGGGAGUGCGGCUCUUCUCUCAGUAUCUUCAUGUGGAAACCAGAUCAUCAACAACAAUGAGAUGGGGUGAAGCUUUAUCUCCAGAAGAUCAGAAAAGUUGCUUCAGAUAACAGGUGGUCAGAGAUUAAACUGAAAAAGGUAGAAGAGUACAGUUUCAAGGUCGGAACUUUGAAAGAAACAUUGUACAAAGAUGAGCCCGACAUGAUCGAUGAGUGGGAGCAGUUCUACCUCCCAGAACACAUGUUCAUGGAGGUGAUUGGUGUUUUUGAGGAGUUCCCCUGUUACUCCCCCAAUGGUGAGCUGGAACAGACGAAUUGAAGGAGAAGAGGAAGGAAACACCAGGAAAUGCUGGAGAGUAUGAAGGACUCCUUUCUCAACAACCUGAACAUCAUCAUGGGGAGAAAGCGAGUCGUGCCAAUCCCUGAUCCUGAGGAAAAGCCAUUAGUGUCUGUUUGAAACAUGCAGUAAGAUUAAAAUCAUCUGGGUUUGGAUCA